AUAAAUUCAGUUUUAUCAGUUGUUUAUUAUUAACGUGGGUGAUUUUAACACUAUUCAUGCUUAAACAUAUUUUUAAAAUGAUUUACAGACUUGUUUUUAUUGUUAUUCUGUGCAGUAAGUUAUCUCACUGUUUGUUUCCAUUUGGUCCGCCAUAUCCGGUAACUGGUUCCUGGUUCAAAGACAGAUUUUCCCUCGCAGAAUGGAACACAACACUGAACGAAUUUUCCAGACAAGGCGGGGACACAGUUUUACUACGAUCACCUGCAAUGAAGCUUGUUCAGUACGAAGAUCUUGCCGAAGAUCCAAACUUCAAAUGGUGCGGUAGCAAUUUCCGGAACAACCCGGCGGAUGAAUAUCGCGACUGUUAUAAUGAAGCUGUGAAGGAUUUGCAACAAUAUGAUAUUACUGUUUCUGCCAUUGCGCUGUAUCAGUAUGAAGAGGAUUAUGAUGCAUCUGCCAUAAUACAAUGUCCGCAGUAUGAGAAGAGAAUUGUUUCCGACAGGGUGUAUUACCGGCUUGUUCUUCCCAUGUCUGAAUAUAGUGACCCUUGUGUCUUCAAUGGUACAAGUGUUUUAUUACUGUUCACCAUCUUUUCUGGAAUUGAUCCACACGAACUACUUCUAACAACCGCGGCAGAACACAACAUGUCUGUAUAUUUCGGUCUUCCAUUGCCACCUACUUUGUAUAAAAAUGGUCACGUUUUGAAUACGUCACAUAUGCCAGCAUAUUACGAAUUUGUUCGAAGGAUUCUGGUAGAUCAUAGGACGCGAUACAGUCACUCUAAUUCCUCCAAGGAAAUAGUCUUAUAUGAUACAGUAAAAGGCUAUAUGUGGUCCGAUGAUAUUUUACUAACUGAUAUAGGUAAAAUAGUGCAACCUAAUAAUAUUACGUACACAGGCGUUUUUAAAAUACUCGCAAAUCAUAUUCAUGAAAAUAAGAAACGAUUCGGAAUUUCUACAUACGUACAAUCCAACAAGUUUGAGGGAAGUUUGACACUCGAAGAUAAUGCUGCUGCAUUCAGCUCAUUUGUAGUUAAAAGUGACAUUGACGUCAUUUCCGUUAAAGAUGGCCGCGGUUCUGCUUAUGGCGCGUUGUUUUGGGAAACUCAAACGAAUUCAAGAAUAGAUACGACUGAUGCCGAGCUGUAUCAGCUUUUGAACUACUACUAUCCCUCUACAAUGCGUAAUCUAACUUUAAAAACAUUUGAUUACUUCUUCAAUUUCAGUAUAUACGAGGUUUUCGAGACGCUGGCAGCAAAACGUGACGACCUCAAGAAGUCAGGGUAUAAUGUUGAUCUUUGGUUGAAUAUUGAAGCUUUUGAUGCUUUGCAUGACGAUCCAUGUCUUCAAGUGGACACCACAGGUUCUGCAAUGGACCGCUUGGUCAACAGUGUAACAAAAUCACGUAUAGAUAGAGUUCUUACACAUGCAGGCUCUUCCGUGCAGAAAGUGGUUGCUUUCGCCUGGGACCCGAGUUUUACAUGCAAAACAAAGGCACACCAUACACCCCUCAGAAACCUGAUAGUUGCAGACUCCGAAAGACCGAUUAUUGCACACUGCUCCUUUCAUAGUUCCUUCAACCGAUCUGUUGUAGUAAUGGGUUAUAAUUUAAUGAGAGAAACACAAGGAUUUACGAUUGAUUGGCCUAAUGUGAACGGGCACAGGGUUGUCAGUCAGGUACAUGGGUAUUAUUUCGAGUUGGACUGGGGAAUACAACACGAUCGAAUUCCUUCCCUGAUGUAUAUACAAAUGUAUGACCCUUACGACAUCAUGGAGCUUGCGCAGAAAGGAUAUGUGAAAGUCACAGCUGAUGGAGGAUACCACACAUGCGCAUUCAAAUAUGAUUUUACAAGAGGGGAGGGUUUUGCCAAUUUUGCAAAUGACAGACAAACCAAGAAAUAUUACCGAAUAGUGCAGAGACCAGUACAUAGAAUAUAUGGGCAGGAUAUCCCUUUUGCACUAAAUAUUCCAUCCAUUUAAGGAACUACCUCAAAUCUGCUCAAAAAUAUUAUUUUCAAAAAAUGGUCCAAUAUAAACAGUGUAUGAACAACAGUAGAUAUUUAGAGACUUUGCUAAAACAACUGUUGUUAUUUUGGAGUUUUAAGAAGGUGUUUAGUGUUUUAGGCAAUAAGAAACAAAAGGUAAUUCUUUUUAACAACUUGAAGUAUGAUUUAUUAAAUGCAGAAUGAAUGUAUAAACGAGUGUGACUAUGAUAAGAAAGAAAAAGAAAUUAUAUUAAAUGAAUGCUUUUCUAUGAUUUAUUUCACAACCAUCCUUUGUAAGCAAAGAAUGCAAUCAUGCAAAAUAAUAGCAUACUCGGGAUUUGGGUUUGACCAUGAGCGUAAAUGAAAUGUGCAAC